AUGGCUAAGGAGUGGACACUUCUGUUGCUCUGUGGCAUUCUGGGGUCUGGAUGCAGCGAAAAGCCAGCAUGGUUCAAGAACAUCACAACAAGUCUUUUUAAAUCCCCUGGAGAUAUUCUGAUAGGAGGACUUUUCCCCAUUAACGAACUGACCAGUGACCUGAGCAAACGGGUAAAGCCUGACGAUCUUGAGUGCAACAGUAUAAGCACGUACGGUGUGUCUCUCGCAUUGGCGAUGAAGUUCUCUUUGGACGAAAUCAAUUCUAAAGAGUAUCUUCUCCCUGGAAUCACACUGGGAUUUGAGAGUUACGACACGUGCAUGCAACCAGCCGUGGUCAUGAGGCCCGUCCUCCAGCUUCUCACAAAGGAAUCGACAAAAGAAUUGGACAUUGCCUGUAACUACACCGACUACAAGCCUCGUGUUAUAGCUAUCAUAGGACCAAACAGCUCCGAGCUGGUCCCAGUUAUUGGAAAGCUGAUUGGAUUUUUCUUGAUGCCUCUGAUUAGCUAUGGUGCCACCAGCGACGUGUUCAGUGACAAAGAGACCUUCCCGUCCUUCAUGCGCACAGUCCCUAGUGAUCGCUGGCAGGUUGCCGCCAUGGUGCAGCUUCUGAAAGAGUUUGGGUGGAAGUGGGUUUCGGUAGUAGGUAGUGAUGAUGAAUACGGACAGAAGGGUCAGGAGCUGUUCUCCAGCAUGGCCAAUGAGCAGUCCAUCUGUGUGGCAUAUCAGGGUUUGAUUCCUGUAUACAGCGAUCAAGAGCAAACGGUGAAAGAGAUUCUCAGUCGUAUUGAGGACGCCAAAGUGGGAGUGGUGGUGGUCUUCUCUUCUCCAAAGCCAGCAAGAGACUUCUUCAUAGAGGUAAUCAAACGAAACAUGACAGGUGUUUGGGUGGCAAGCACAGCAUGGGCUCUGAAUGAUGCUGUAGCCACCCUGCCCGGGAUCAGUUCAAUAGGAACAGUGCUGGCAUUUGCAGACAUCACAAGACCUCUUCACUUAUUCACUCCUUAUAUCUAUGAGCUCUUCACCAAAUUGGAGGAGAUGCCAAUCCCCGAGCAGCCAGAUACAGAUAUCUCUCCUCUGGACAACCCUUGCCCAAUGUGCAGCUACCUAAGCAAAGCCAAUGUGAGCAUGGUACAGACGGUGGAGCGGUCAGCUUUCAGUGUGUAUACUGCCAUCUACUGUGCUGCUCAUGCACUGCAUAACUUGCUGGGAUGCAAUGCCACCCACUGCGCUCUAAAUCCCAGGACUGACAAUGUUUAUCCAUGGCAGCUGUUACAGAGUCUCCAAAAACUUUCUGUAGAUCUCGAGGGGGUCAAUUUUAAGUUUGAUAAAGAGGGUAAUCCAAACGUUGGCUAUGAUGUUAUGCAAUGGAACUUUAGUGACAACACUGUGCACUUGGACAUAAUUGGAAACUUUUAUCAGAACCUAACAAUUAAUGAAAAGAAAAUAAAGUGGCACACGGAAAACGGAAAGGUGCCAAUGUCCACUUGCUCCUCAGACUGUGGGAUAGGACAGGUGCGCAGAGUUAAAGGCUUCCACUCGUGCUGUUUCGACUGUAUUGACUGCAAGGAAGGAACGUUCCUGAACAACUCAGAUGACAUCCAGUGUAAAUCAUGUCCUGCUGGCCAGUGGUCCACCCUACGAAGCACAAGCUGCGUCUAUCCCAUCUAUACUUACCUGGACUGGAGCAACUAUGAGUCCAUUGGACUCAUUCUGGGAGGAGUUUUAGUUCUAGUGUCACAUUUAUGGGUAGGGGCUCUAUUUUUCAAGCACAGAGGAACUCCACUGGUGAAAAGUGCAGGUGGACUACUGAGUGGCCUUAUGUUAUUGAGCCUAGCGGGAACAUGUGUAAGCCUGGUGCUGUUCCUGGGUCAGCCAGGAGACAUCGUCUGCCGUCUGCAGGAGCCACUAAAUGCCUUUUUCCCCACGGUGGCCCUCUCAGUCAUCCUGACCAUUUCCCUUCAGAUUGUGUGCAUCACAGAAUUCCCUGAAAAGUCUUGUGAUCAUCUGGAGAACAUACGAGGACGAGGGAGCUUGUUUGUUAUUCUGGGAUGUUGUGGGGUCCAAGCAGGACUGUGCGGUUGGUAUGCCCAAGAAGCUCCCUCUCUGACCCAAUACGUCGCCAGUUUGGAGGUGACGUACAUAAAAACCUUUUUGCGUUGUCCAGUGGAGCCCAUGUUAAACUUUGGUUUGAUGCUUGGUUUCAAUGUUCUGCUGGCACUGGUGUCAUUCAUGGCCACCUUCAUGGCUCUAAAGCCGCCUGGACAGUACAACGUGGCCAGAGACAUCACCAUCUCCACCUUGAGUUACUGUGUUUUGUGGGUGAUGUUCAUCCCCAUCUACACAAGUCUAAAUGAUAAAGAAAAGUCUAUCGCUCAAGUAGGAGUCAGUUUACUCAGUAAUCUAGGGUUGGUAGCAGCCUAUUUCUUCCCUAAAUGCCAGCUGUUGGUCAAACACCCAGAACUUAACACAGAUGAUCACUUUCGUACAUUUUUAGAAGGGGUCCCACCAACACCACCUGAAGAAAGCUAGAUGCA